AUGGCCGAGCACCCUUCUUUCACUCUCGCGGCUCUCUUGCCCGCCGGCGGUAUCGCCGGGUUCAUGCGAACUGGCUCUAAGCCUUCCUUGAUCGCAGGCGUGGGAUUGGGUCUUUCUUAUGGAUUUGCUGGCUACCUGAUCAAGGAAAACAAGGACUACGGCACGGAGCUUGCGCUGGGCAACAGCAUCCUCCUACUCGGCUCGGCCAUUCCGAGAAUCAUCAAGACCAAGGCCCGGGCCCCCAUGCCUCUGGUCCUCGGUGCCACGGGUCUGCUGGCGUCGUUCUACUACCAGAAGAAGGUCCGGGAAUUCAGGUUCGGUGUUUGA